AUGGGGUUUGAGGCCCUCGAUCGCUCCGCAACGCGGAUUGGCUACUCUGAAUGGGGUGCUGUCGUUCAAAUUUAUCUCACUUGUGGCUUCUAUAGUCCCACCGGACUGACUAAAUCCAACUUAACUCAAACCUACGACUACAUACCGUCAACGAUUUCAUGGGCAAACCUCUACACAUUUCUGGCUACGAAAUUUUUGGCUCGAGACAAGGAUAAUCGGGCGAGUCUCUGGUGGGGAGAAUCUGUGCUCUCAGAUUACUAUGGCUAUCUUACGCGAACAAUGCAGGACAUUCGUUACAAUACCACAGACUAUGGAGAGCCUGAUAUUCGAAAGGGAAUCAUAUUCUUUACCUCUAACAAUAGCAGCGUCACGGAUAUCGAAUGCCCGCAGCUUUUCAACAUCAACUCUAGUUUCAUGGUGGACGUUGGUGACGGAAAUUUCGACACCAUCAAUCCAGGUACAGCUGCAACUCUUACUGCGCUAGACCGGGAUUAAACGUAUCCAAAUAUCCAGGGCAUAGCUGACAGCUUAGAAAAAUCUGCAUACUUGACUAUGUUGACAGGUUUAGGGCAAGCCAAAGCAGGGUUUAAUUUCCUAACCGAUUCUCACGACCUCUAAUAUUUCACAGCCAACUUCUCGAUGAUCGAUCACUAUAGGGCUAAUGCGAAGCCAGGUCCAGAAGGUGAUGUAAACGAGGAUCAUUGGGAACAAGUCCGAGCAUUAUUAGCAUGCAAUGUAUCUGCCUAUCUGCCAAGUGCAACAAUUGAAAUCAACCGGGAAUCUUUUCAUAUCUAUCCUAGUGGCAG